GUGGUGUCAGAGCAUGCCUCCACAGAAAAUGAGAUAUAAAUUACAAAGUUGGUAAUGCUAUGCAAGCAUACCAAUCUUUCAUUCACUGAACACUCUAUCUACACAUAAAAGUCAAGAAGAUUUUUGUGACACCUUGUUUAAAAAUUCAAUUGUUAAAAUAGUAAGACAUUGAAAUACAUUUCACAGACUGUACACUAAAACUUAUAAAAAAAUUAAUUGAAUUGUAGAGAUGAUAUGAAAAUUGUUUUCAAACAAACUAAUCAUAUACCAGGGUCAAUAGCCAGGGGGUUAGGGUGACCCCCCCCCCCCCACUGGCGGAUCCAGGGGGCCCAUGAGUAUUUUGAGCUAAAACAUAGGUAUACCAUAAAGGUAAAAACACCUUAUCUACUUUUAUUUUAACUUACUAGAGUCUCUAGACAUUUUCUUGGUGAAAAUCUGAGAAGAUGGUAACAUUUAACUAAGUACGGAGACAUGCAAUGGUAGUAAGAAAUAUUACAUAUAAGAUAAAUAUAAGGUUAUUUAUUUGUUCUCACCAAUUUAUGGAUAUAUUCAUUGGGCCUACAUACAUGUAGGUAUACCAUAAAGGUACAAAUACCUUAUCUAUGGUACAUGGGGCCAACAGAGGGGGAACUCUUUAGAGCCAAAAAGCAACUUUAUAAUCUCCAUACAGAAGAGCCUAUAUUCAUGACACACCACAUAUUUUUCUGUUUAUAUUAACAAUGAGAUGACCUUGAUAUUGAGAUAGGAAUAUUUUACAUCAAUAUACAUGUUUCAGAUGUGCCUUCAUGUACAAUAAAAACGCUCAAAAGAUGGAUGCUCUUCAUACUUUUUAUCACAUUAUUUUGGUGAUAUCAAAUGUUGUACAUGGACUUGAUUGGUUGAUAGAUGAUAUUCCAAUGCAAUCGACAUGGAGUGAGACCAGGGAUGGUCUAGGUUUGCUCACUAAUGGACUUAUAUCAAAGACAUUUAUUACUACCCCAGAUUUUGCCUGCAUCGACUUCUAUGACAACCAUACAACAUUUUCGUCACUUCAGCGUAGCAUUGAACCAGAGGCUGUGAUAAUGUUGGAUGGAAUUGUAUAUCCCAUUGGUGGAGUACUAACUAAUAUACCUCUUGCAUAUUUGAAUCGAAGUGCCUUUGCUCAAAACAUUACACGCAAUGAAAAUGCAUUCCAUUUAAAGUCAUCACUUGUAACAUUUGAUUUGACUACACCCUUUCCUUAUACCCCUAGGCGUGGGGCACCUAAAAAUAUCAACUGGCCACCAAAGGGGAUUCAUAUAGAAUUUAAUUUUACUGCUCCAUUUUGGGCACCAGACUUUCAUAAGGAUUUGGUUGUGACUGUCACCUAUGAAAUGUAUGAUUCAGUCCCAGGCUUUUCAAAGUGGAUAACAGUUACAGCGCUUAAACCUGUGCCAGACAUAUAUGUGUCUUUUCUCUCUGUAGAAUAUCUGGCAGUGAAUAUGCCCUGGUCGCCUAAUGGGAAAGGUUGGUUAUUUGUGGAAACCGAUCAACCUCAUGGUACAAAUGUGGUAUGGGGAUCAGAUCCAGCAUCCGUGUCAAUGCCAGGUUCCUUUGAACAGACAGUGAAUUGCACAUAUGAGACUGACCAUCCUGUUGCUGUUCCUAUUGUCAAUUCUCUGAGCUCAUUUAAAGUGCAUGAACUUGUGAUUGCUUCAUCUGAUCCAGAAAGAAUCGCUUUGUCCAAGCAUAGAUUAUUCCGAUUGCUGGCUCCUCAUACUCAAGAAAAUCCGAUAUUCUUCCAUAUGACGAACCAGUCUUCCGAGGCAUUCCGUACAGUGAUUGAUCAGAUGGCAGAAGUCGGUUUUGAAAUGCUUAUCUACAGUUUUGGUUCUGGGUUCAAUAUUGAAUCUGAAGAUGAAGCUUACAUAAAGAGGAUGGCUGCUGAUAUUAGGUACGCUAACUCAAAGAACAUUGAAGUGGGUGGGUAUGAUUUAAUUGCUCUUACUCGUCGAACAGCAGUUGAUUGGAUGGCAAUAGACCCUAGUACAAUGCAGCCUUCAGGGAACGCAUGUUUUGCCUCUGACUGGUAUGAUUUCUUACUGAAGCGCAUGAUGACAUUUAUGGAUCGCACCAAUCUAUCCAUGGUUGAGACAGAUGGGCCUUAUGGAGGGUACCCAUGCGCAUCUACCAAUCAUUCACAUCAUACCGAUCUAGGGGAUUCCAUAUACAAACAAAACACUCUCCAAGCCCAAUUUUACACAACACUGAGAAAACGCUCCAUCUACAUUAACCAGCCUGAUUACUACUUCUACUCUGGAGGUAGUCGCACAGGUAUGGGAUAUAACGAAAACCAGUACUCAUUGCCAAGGUGGCAGGAUAUCAGUGUGAGCAGGCAAGGGAUGUAUGAUGACACAUAUCAACGUAUUCCAACAGCUGGGUGGAUGUUUGUUCCUCUAGUGGACUAUCAUGGUGGAGGAGAAGCAGCGGCAUUCGAGCCACUUACAGAGCACAUCGUGGAAUAUGAGUGGGCUCUGGCACAAUACUUAGGAGCAGGGGUUGCUGCUUGUUACCGUGGUUACCGCCUCUAUGAUAGUCUAGAGACAAAAGCACUGGUCACUAAAUGGGUAUCAUUCUACAAGAAAUAUCGGGACAUUCUGAUAAGUGAUAUUGUGCAUGUACGGCGAGCUGAUAUGCAAGGGAUUGAUUCAUUCAUGCAUGUCAAUCCAAAGUUGGAUUACAAAGGUCUUGCAAUGGUGUUCAAUCCCACCCAAACAUCAAUAGAUAUGAACCUGAAACUGCCACUAUAUUAUACUGGUAUCCCUGAUAAGGCUAUGGUUCGUGAACAAGAAGGGCAGUUCAUAGAAUAUGAUCUUGAUAGGGGGUAUAAUAUAGAGGUCCCAGUCCAUUUGAAGCCCCUAGGUAUAACAUGGUUCCUCAUUCAACAAUCUGUUGAUUAGGAUAAAAAUGAUGUAUUCUAGCCUAGAAGAUGCAUUACUACCAGUUCAAUAGUACAUGUACAAUAAAAAUUUCUAAAACUAUCAUGGCAGUCCAACUUUCGUAACCAAUUACACAAUGGAAAAAAAUUCAUACUGCACCACUUUUCUUAAAACUUGUUCCAUUAAAAGCCAAAUUGAAAUA